AUGGAGACAACGACAGUGCUGCCAACCAGAGUACAGAAGACGGUAGAAAUAGGAGUCGCUGUGAUAGAUGCAAUAUCUGAGGUUCAAUGCAUGGACAAACCCGAAUGGAUCAAAGACUGGUUGCAUGUAGCAGUUAAAUAACUUCGUUAGUCGCAUUUUCGAGACAUUUUGCGAAAAUAAAGAAAUAUGGUUGUUUUUUGGCAGAUACGAUCUGCCUUCUUCUCUAAAAGGAGAUACACGGAGGAAGAUGCGAAAAGGCAAGAAUCUGGGGUAUAA